UUGAGUUAUUUGUAGUCGGACUUUUAUUAUAGGGCGUAGUUAACGUGUAAGCGUGCCUAUUGCUAUCUAAACUUGACCCUUCAACUUAAUAUAUACAUAGUAAUAAUGUGGGCCCUCCACGAGCAUUGAUUCAAUUUUUCCAUAAAUAAACUACUCCAUCAUGGUAUCCACUCCACCAUCACAAAAUCAUUUGCCUUUAUCCUCUCAUUUUCUAGUGAAAGAGACAACUAGACAGAUCGGAACGUGCCAUGGGAGUAGCUCAAGUUAACCAUAUCUGGUUCUAUCUCAUGAUCAUUCUCUUCUCGAUCUCCAUAUCUUCUAUUGCUGCUUCUGAAGAUGAUUGUGUGUACACAGCUUACAUUCGCACUGGCUCAAUCAUAAAAGCAGGAACCGACUCAAACAUUAGCUUGACUCUCUAUGAUGCGGAUGGUUACGGACUUAGAAUCAAGAACAUAGAGGCCUGGGGUGGGCUUAUGGGUCCAGGUUACAACUACUUCGAAAGGGGUAACUUGGAUAUCUUUAGUGGUCGUGGUCCAUGUUUGGCUGGGCCAAUCUGCAAAAUGAACUUGACUUCCGAUGGUACAGGCCCACACCAUGGAUGGUACUGUAACUACGUGGAAGUCACAGUUACGGGAGCCCACAAACAAUGCAUCCAGCAGUUGUUCAACGUGGAGCAGUGGCUCGGCACUGAUGUUUCGCCGUAUAAGCUGACGGCCAUCAGGAACAACUGUAACAAGCCCAAAUCCAGUGAAGAACAGCCCAUUUAUGAUUCUGAAUCUUAUACUGCUGUUGAUGUAAUUUAAUUCGAGUUUGUUAAGCUUUAGUGGGGCACGGCCCAGAAGAUCUCUUUGUUUUUGUUUUCUGUUUUUGUGAGUGGGAAGAGUCAUGCGUCGAUCUGGUAUAAUAUGUGAAGGCUGAGGGCCUGUGUGUAAUGUCAUGGUCAUUUUGGAGAACUCAAUGGAUAAUCUGUCCUCUCUGUCUCUCGUUAUUGGCAAA